CUGACAUUUGCAAGUUUAGAGGCAGGGUUUAUAUUUAUUAGCUCACGCGAUGAAGAUAAAUAGUACAGAAAUUAUGAAAAUUUAUAGUUUUACGUCGCAUGAAGAUUGAUUCGCUGAAUAUUUAUAGUUUGUCCGCGGAAGGAAGAUCAGAACAAAGACAGAGUGUUCCUCAAACUGCACAGAACUCGCCUUUCAAUUAACUACACUUUUUUGGUUCAUUGUCGACGGUGCAUUGUUUAGGAUUAACUUCAAGCUGACUUGUUUUGGUGAGAAGUUUUUCAGGUGAUGCAUGUGGAAGCCGUUUUUAUUAUUUUUCAUUCUAGAAGUGAUUUUUAUUUGUCAGUUGAGUUUAAUAUCUUUCCUACUUUUUUAACCGACUCACUCGCUCAGAGUGAACGACGGAGGCUUGUCAGUUGGCUUGUAAGUAACUUUUGAGUCUGUGGAUGAAAAACUAUGGUGUGACCAUUCAAGUGAAAUGUCUUUUGGCGUUAGUUCCACUCGGUACUAUUUAUUUAGUAUGUAGUUUUAACUUUUGAGUCUGUGGAUGAAAUCGUAUGGUGUUACCAUUCAAAUGAAACCUCUUCAGCAGUACUCUCACAUGGUACUAUUUAUUUAGUAUGUAGUUUUAACUUUUGAGUCUGUGGAUGAAAUCCUAUGGUGUUACCAUUCAAAUGAAACCCCUUGGGUAAUACGUUUACUUACUACUAUUUAUUUUUCAAUAUUUUGCAAGGUGAAAUUCGGAAAAUUUGCGGAAGUUUGACGAGUGAGGUUAUUGAGUUUCCUGUCGAUGGUUUUAGGUAGUUCCUUCCGAAGCCGAACGUCGAACUUUUCAUUGGACAAACUAAACUCUAAUUUGGGUCGACCUAAAUUAAGUUAAGAUCGUCUGUUUGGUCAAACGUCGAACAGGGAUGCGUCGAAGCAAUCAACUGAAUCAGACCAAAAAGCAAUUUUAGCCGAACGAGGCUAGAUAUACAUUAUCAUACAAAUUUUUUAUUUAUUAGUUUAGCUCGUUGCGUGUGAAGAUCAAUGUUUGUCCUGGAGACGAUCUUCUGACGUUCUGUCUGUCUGAAGCAAACGGAUAGAACGUGUUGGACGAUCCAAACUCAUCCUGAAGAACUUAACUGAGUCAGACGUCGCAAGUUUAGUUUGUGUCAUGAAAAGUUCGACGUUUGGCCUAGGCUUAAAAGAAGAGGUUAUAUCGCUCAGUCAUCUAGCACGUGGGAUUAAUGUAGACGGUGGGGAGGGGGUGGUGGGUGGGGUACUGUUCGUCGGAAGAUUUCGAAACAACCCUGAAAGGUACCAGCAUACCGUUUUGUUGGCUUAUCCCAAGUACAUUUUAACAUCUAGCAGGUACUAAAUAUCAGUUGAGUAGCUAAAACUUCCCGUCCUUUUUCCGCUCAAUGCGCUAAAAGGCCUUUAAAGUUCGUUUUAGAUUUAUCUCUUUAAGCCUCAAUAUCAACAUACAAAUUCUCCAGACGUUCUCGGUUCAUUUCCCUAAAGAAUCAGCUGGAAGAAUUUGAUAAAAGAUCAAACACUUUCCCUUUGGUGAUCAUUGUGUUCACCCUCAUAAGCUUUUCGCUUGAUAAUUAUUCUUAUUGUUAGGAGAAAAUCGGUGUUAGUCACUCUUGAGACAGCACCUUAAGCGCGCGUGUACCAACUCACAAAUUUUAAGGCCCGAAUACUUUCCUCUGGGACUCGUAGAUAAAUUUUAAAGGUGCUUGCUUUCUGUUGCAACCUCUUUUUAACUCCAUAGAUAGAUAAAUAUUUAAAAUCGAGGAAUAUGCCAAAUUUUGGAUUCGUAACUACUGAAAAAUAUUUAAUAAUACAAUUUGAGGGAUUUCUUCUUCAACCUUUUUUCUUGAAGACAAAUUUAUAACGCGGUUGUCAUGUCACUUCAACUUUUAAAUCUAUGGCCUAGUCAUUAAAUUUUAAGGUGAAACCAUUCAAAUGUAAACACUUACGCAAAUUUUUGCAUAUAACUAUUUAUAAUUAUUGCUUAGGAUUUAAAACAAGAAGAAAUUUGAAACCUUUGGGACAAUUUUUCUUUCGUUGAUUUUAGGAGCGAUCGUCACAAGAUUUUGUCUAACUCAAUAGUUUCAACAACCUAUCUCCAUAAUUUGACUAUGUAGUAAAAUUGCUGUAUCCUACGCUUAGAAGCUACCUUCAUGUCAAAUUUCUUUUGUAAUCUAAAUGAAAAAUACACUAGUCUAUUAUUUUGUUUCCGUGUCAAGAAGGAAUUUGUCGUAUUUUUUCAUGUACACGUCCAAAGAAAACUUGCCUUUGAAAAUGCGAGUUGUUCGAAUUUUCCUUGCGUGAGAAAAUGCUAUCUGUUUUCUUUAAAUUGACAGAACACGUAAGAACUCUUUUAAGUGUUUUUCGUUCAAUGACGAGACAAGUUUUGGCAGCUCCAAGGCUAUCAUCGGUCAAAAGUGACAGUUAUAAGGCGAUAUUAUAAUUUAAAUGAUAACAAUUACAAAAGACCAUAUGCAAAGAGUUAAGUGGUAAGAUUUUCUGGUCUAUUUACGAAAUUGAUACUUCAGUGGCGCGAGUUACUGGCCAAUUUGGCGCCAAUUUUUUGUUGAUAAUGUUUACGAUUUGAGCAAUUUCAUUCGUAACACAUGUGCACCUUUUUACCUGGUUGAUAAAGUAAAUUGGCCAUCGUAAAAGCAUUCGUAAGCUGACGUUUUGAGGGCAAGGUCUUUGUCACAGCGAAUCCUCUCAACCCAGUUGAUAAUAUCAAGUUUUCUAGCUAUAACUUCCCACGACGCAUAUUCACAGUUUCUUUUACAAACUAAGCCCUUUCAGGGUGGAUUUCCACUGUCGCGUUAUUCUAAAGUGCGUACGCGCGUAAAAAAAAUAGAGGCAGUGUAUGAAAGGUCGCGCGUAAAUGUAUCAGUUAAACUUCGCUCAACUAUUUCGUUUACGCGUGACACUUUUUAGAUUGCCUCUAUUUUAUUUUAUUUAAUGGCGAAAAAUUUAAGUACGUUCACACGUUAAAAAUCACGCGACAAUGGAAACCCACCUUUAUUGCUGUAUUCUAAACGUGUUUCCAGUUUUAAAGUAUACAAGUGUGCAACGCCGUUUUCCAUACACUGUAAUGAUAUGACAGGAGUUUGUCCAGCCGAAAAUCAAGGGCACGUUGGUGAUAAUUUUCCCUAUUCUCGUGAUAUCCACGUUUGCAUAGGCUGUGAUAUCUUAAGGAGAAAUCAGAUACCCAGUGUCACAGUUUAGCUGAGAUAUUGCUAAAGUGAAAAGCAGCUUGCAAAUUUUGGGGGCCCCGAAUGUUUCCCGCUCGCUAAGUCUUAUUUUCUGUUACAUGGCAGCCUUAAAUUCUUGCGUACUCAUCGAGUUGUGCGUGAUACAAAUUUCUUGUUCAUUUCUAAAUUCUAUUUAAAUUUUCACCCACCUCUCUGAAGGAGUGUUUUCCCUUGUAAACUGAACUUUGCUUAAGCCUAAAUCUGCACCUAUAUUUACAUUUCAGCCACGUCACUGGGAACGCCUUGAAAAGCCGAUUUAGAGGCCAAAAUUUAUAAACUUCGUCUAGGACUUAUUUAUCGCAGUUUCCAUCCUUCCGGUCUAGUUCUCGUGGUUAAAAAAGUUUUAGGUGAAAUUUUCCGAGUUUUACCCUUUUUUUAAACGGAUAGUUUUUCUUAGAGGGUUAGCGUGACACACUGAGGUGAGACGCAUUUUGCAAUAUUGAGUGCAUUAACCCUUACCAAUACUGAAUGUAAUUCUGUGCAUGGUAAUCAAAGUGCUCUGCCUUUGCGCGACGCUAGCACGCGUUUGUGAUCGUUGAACUACCCGGCUGAGGUUUUUAUACCCAAGCAUUGCAUUACACUUGUCUUUUUCCACACUCAGUUUCAUGGAGGGUCCUGGGAAUCUAGAUUCAGCUUCGAGCGAUCUAGCAGACGUUUUUAUGGAUUUUACGCUAUCCAAAAACGAGCCAGAUGACCGCGACAAAAACGAGUCUUUCGCCCCGUGCAAGUUCUCACGCAAAUCGUCUUCGUCGUCGUCGUCUUCCUUGUCGGAGGCGGCAAAACCGCGUAUGUCUGUGGAAAGUGAGGAGAGCGACAGCGGCGUGGGGUCGAACCAUUCUUCUACUACUGAGUGUGUUGUGUGCAACGACAAGGCGACUGGCUACCAUUAUGGCGUGUUCACGUGCGAGGGAUGUAAAGGAUUCUUCAAGCGUACAGUACAGAAGCAGUUGGAGUAUACUUGCAAGGGAGACGGAAACUGCGAGGUGAAUCAAAUCAACAGAAAUCGAUGCCAAUACUGCCGCUUUCAGAAGUGUGUGGCUCAGGGAAUGCUGAAAGAAGGUCAGUGUAUUUUUCAUUGACUACAGUCAAACUCCGCUUAAUAUGGACAUUAUCACGGACAGUUUGCUCUGUCUCUGGUGAAAGAAAGCCCUUACAUUUGCUCUAAAUUCAAUCCCGCUUAAUACGGACACGCUGUUAAUGCAGACACUUUCUAUGACCCCAUCAGUGUCCGUAUUUACGGGAUUUGACUAUAUUUGCGCAGUCUUUGUCGCUGUUUAAUUCAAGUGGAAACAUGCGUGGAGUAAGCUUUUUCAGGCCACGCGGUGAUUUCGGACGUUUUCCCGCCAGUGGAUCACGCAUGUGGCCCCACAUGUGGAGAAACGGUCGGAAAAAAAAACAGGGAAGUUUGUGCUUGGUCAGUGUAGCGGAAGUUUUUGCUUGUUAGUUUUUGCGUUGUAAUAGGGGCAUUGUGAUUGUGUUUUUAAUCUUCUGGUGUAUGUCAUUAGAUAAUCACAAAAUCCUCAGCUACAAGAAACCCCUGCUUGAACUGUUUGUUUUCAUUUCUGAAGUUGAGAGAUUCUAUUUUAAUAUUUACUUGGGAAAGACAGUUUUUUCAAUUUUUUACAAACCUCACUCGCGGAUUCCUUAUUGGUUAAGAGACAAAAAAAAUUCAGUUUUUUGGUUCGGCUGGUCAAGAAGUCGGUAAUAUUACGUGAAAAGCGAGGAAAUUUUGUCAUAAAUGACGUGUUUCUGGUUUAAAGGCUGUCCAAGAGAGUAUUUUUGACGAUGAUGUAUUCAUUAUUUUCACGUCUUAAGCGGAUUUUUACGAUGGUUAUGUAAUCAAAACACGUGGAGAGCUAGACAGCAUGAGGCUAUGCACAUGUAUGCUAACGAAGGAAGUUUUUACAGCAGAUUUUGUUUUCGUAAAUUAGAACUUCAAUCAAGUUUUUCACUUUAUAUGGGAAUGGCAACGAACGAUUUUACCAACAACAAACCGAUUUUGUGACUUAAUUUAAUAAUUAGAACAUGGCCUCAAAUUUUAUUCGAACAACUGAUUAUUUACUCAUCUUAUUUAUCGAAGUUCAACUGUAUACACUUUGCCCGAGGGAUGAUGCAACAAGCGGCCGCACCAACUGACGUAUAAUUUCAAGUUUCGACCGGACGAUUGCCCCAUGGCUCUAAAUUUUUGCGGAUUCUAAUUUUUAGGGGGUUUGAGGUAUUUUCCACGACCCUCAUACAAAAGACAAAAAUUUUGAGCGCGAAAAUUUUCUUCAUGAUCGAAAGUGGCACAGAAAAUGACUCGAUAACCGCCGUGAAUCAAUCAACUACAAACUAGAGAGAUUAAAGUUGUUUACCAUUUAAUAAUUUGGCAAAUCAGUCGGUUCACAGUCAGUUUCACGGAUUAGGCAAAUAGGAAGAAAAAUUCAGGACUGGUAAAUUUCGGGGGCACCCAACGAGAAUAUAGUUCAAAACCACUUAAAUAUAGUAUUGUUAAACGUAUUUUCGUAUUUAAACGGUAGAUAUAGACAUAUUUGUAUCCCCUAAAAAUUUUUCAUCUGUUUGGAUUUCCUUGCUGAAAGUCUAGUGAUUUCAGCCAGAAAAAAGGCUGCCGAAAAUUCUAGGUCACCUUUUUAGGGUAAAAAUCCGUUAAAAAUGGGCAAUUAUACCAUUUUUUAGAUGUUCGAAAAUUCUUAGGAGAGGCAGAGAAGCAAGAAAUUCGACAACAAAUGUUCCGAAAAUUCUAGAUCUUAAAUCGUCUUCCGAACAGAUAUUUUCCGAAAAUUGACGUCUGGUGCCCCUGAAAUUUCAUUCCGGAAUCGUGUUUACCAUUUACAGAAAUGCACAAGUUCCUUUUACCGAAAAACGGCUGCGAAAGCCUGAAACUGGCAUUAAAGAUGGAUUUUAACAAAUGGAACAGGAAUUUCUGUUUGAAACAUUUCGUCCUGAAAAACCUGACUUCCUUUUCAAAUGUUCUGUUUCUCCCGGAAAUUUUCCACUGAAACGACACGGGAAGCCGUGUUCCGUUUACCUUUCAACCGCAUUUUUCCGGAAACCUUUAGUAAAUGGUUAACGAGCUUAGAAUCACGUUUACGGUAAGCAGCAAACGUGAAAUUUAAGUUUUACAAUUUCUAAAAUUAGGAAAUAAGCAGAUAAAACUGUCCGAAAUAAUUUAACCUGACAUUCAGCUGAUUCAUUUUUGUCUACGCAUAAUGGGCAGUAAACGACGACGUUACUGCCAGGGGAAACUUUGUUACGUUGUACAAAUUGACGUUUGUCGUUUGCGGUAAACAUUUGUGACGUCAAGAGAGAGAAGAAGUGUGACGUCACGUUACCAUGGUAGCAAAAUUUUUGGAUGACAACCAAAGGGAGCUUAGGCAACAACAGCAACGAGAACGGCAAAGAGCAGAUAAGUUUGUAUUAGUAAAACAACUACUCUGCACGUGCAUCACGCUUUUUGCACAUUUUUCAGCCAUCGUUGCACUGCGACAUGAAACUUCCUAAUUUACAGAGUAGGUGAAUACAACUCAAAAAGUAAUUUUCUCUUUUUUUUGGGUUCGAUGAUGACAAUUUUAGCGUCUUUGUACCAAUGCCAGGGGAAAGGUGUAGGUAUCGUUGCCUAGGAAAAAGCUGUGACGGUAGCCUGCAGAGAAGGCGUUAUUUUUCCGCGUUUUUCAGGCGAGCAAGAGCGAGGUAAAUCUUCCUUCCGUCGCGAGUCACUCGCGCUCCGCGCCCGCACACGUUCGUCUCGCGCGAGCCCUCGCUCGCCUGAAAAAUGCAAAAAUAAAUAAAUAAAUAACGGGGGUGGGGGGAUGAGAAAGGAGCGCUGACGUUUUCUCGCCUCCCCGGUCCGACCUGAGAGCUUGCUCCAAGGGUAUCGGCAUCGUACCCGUAGGAAUAUAUCGCGAGGGAAGUGUAAUAGUGCGACUUCGGACCUUGGGGGACUCCCAGUCUUGCCAUGGGGUGUAAAUUGCAGAUUUUAGUCUCACUUAAGGUGUUCAGAAAAGAAAGCCGGUAAUUCACAGCAUUGUUCUUCCCUGGGUAUUUUUAGGUGUCAAUUACCUUGUUAAUCCUUGUAGAUCAAUUCCUUGAUCUUCUCACUUCGUUCCUUUACAGCUGUGCGAGAGGAUCGGACUCCAGGGGGAAGACAUCGGCAUAAAUCGCUUCAAGAUCAUCGCCCUAAAAAGCAACGUGCCCGGGAAGAACCCACCACAAACGGGACCGUCGUAGAUGGAGAUGACCAUACCGACAGCUCUGCCGGUAGACAGCCAGACACGCCGGUCAAUCAGCAGGAAGUCAUGGCGUUCAUUGAUAAGAUUCGCGAGCGGGCGACUGAUAUGCCUGAUAUAGCCGGUCAUACGGUGAAGGGGGAAGAUGGGAAGUCUCAAGACGUGAAGAAGCUGAUGCAGUUGGCGUAUCAAGAACUCUACCAGGUGAUCCAAUGGGCCAAAGAUGUGCCCGGCUUCAAGGAUGUCGAGUUAGAGGACCAAGUUACCCUGAUCAAGGCUUGCUUCAUGGAUCUUAUUGUUUUCCGCCUCGCGUACAGGUCCGUGCCGUGCGAUCCAAUGUCACUAAGGUUUGGUCAGAACCUCAUCCUGGAGAAACACGAGGUUACCGAUUUUGGCUGGACGGAAGACCUUGUUGAUACCAACCUCGAGUUCACUGACAAGCUGCGCAGUUUGAACCUGGACCCGAAUGAAUUUGCGUGUAUGUGCGCCCUUGUUCUUCUGUGUCCAGGUAUGUAAGUUAUCUUGAGGUAUUAGAUCUGUUAUAAACCGGUUCGUUUCAAAAAUUUGUUUCUCAAAUAAUAGAAUUCCCGAAAAUAAAAAUUACACCAGGCUAUCAGGCUAUCUACUGCGCACUAAUUUGCUCUAUACUAGAGUGCGCCUCCGCUACCUUUGCUGACUUACCUAAGUAUCUUGCUUGGUAUCUUGAGAACCUGCAAAAAGGGGCCUUCCCAUCAUUUGGCCUGGUAUUUCGUAUGAAACAGCACUUGACAAAGCUACAUUAUCCACUCUUUCUGACCGUCGGGCAGUCUCGUGUAUUAAAUUUGUAGGUAAGGUUCGGCCAGGUAACCCGUUAUACCCCCUAAUGCACAACAGAGUGGUACUUAUGUCUACCGGUGUGUGUCUAAGAUCAGGGAGUUCUAGCAGGCCCUUGGCCACAAGGACUGAACGUUUCUCAAAUUUUGUUAGUGUUAAAUAUCAAUCUUGUCAAUAAAUGUAGCGUAUUAGUAUAUAUUUAAGCAAUAGAAAACGUUUUCCGUGUUUGCAUAGCCUGAUAUAAACACGAGAGGGGUUGGGAGAAUUCGAGACGGCAGUUAUGCAAACCCGAGACGAAGUCGAGGGUUUGCAUAACUGUCGAGAAUUCUCCCAACGCCUCGAGUGUUUAUAUCAGGCUAUGCAAACACAGGAAAAAAGUUUCUAUCGCUUUUAUAAAAUAACUUUCCCGAGAAAAAAACGCAAAACUCUUUGUAUGGCACUAAUUAAAAGAGAAAUUCUUACCAGUCGCAAAUCUUGUCCACGAAGUCUUGCACGCGUAAUCAGUUCUUGUUUUGCAAAAAGAUGCUUUGCAAAAUACGGACUUUCUCGCUUAAAAUGUCAGCAUAAGCGAAGAAAAAUUGACACACAUUCUUUCAGCCGACGAAGGAAUAGGUAAAUAAAGUAAACUUUUUGAGUUUUGAACUCGAAAACUUUUUCAAAUUCGUGCUUGCGUGAUUAACGCGCGAAAAGCCAAACAACUUGACGCCACAACCAUGUUUACAUACUCUCAUGCAAACACUCCUCUCGGCCAAUCAGAGCGCGCGUACUAUCUUAGUUAUUUUAUAAAUCACAGCUUGUAAGGUAUCCUACAAUUCAGUCUUCUGACUGCAAAAGGGACAAUAAACAUUUGAUUUGAUUUGAUCAAGCGACACUUGAGCUAUCAAUUUUCACAGGCACAAAAAAGUCAAGAAUUGCAUAUUUCUGGCGUUCACUCGAAAACUACGAAUAAAAAAGAUUGGAACUGAAUUAUACUUAGAUUGUUAAUUUGUCUUUAAAUUCCCGGCAUUGUUGGUCAAUUCUUCCAUGCGAUAUAGAGGUGGAUUUUUUUGUGUAAUUCCCUUUAACUUGAGGCGAUCGCCAGAAUUCCAAAGUUAUUCCUUAGCACUGCAUUGCGCGUCCUCACUGCGCAUAAUUUUACGCGAGGUUAGCGUGCGCACGUUAAAACAUGAUGUAAAGAUUCAUUUUCUCUUAAACAAGUGUGGUGGCCUAUGGUUUUUUCUCUUUUUCCAAAAGUGGCAGUAGUAACUUACUUUCCGUAAAUUAUAUAUAGACUAUUUUCCAGUGCAGGAAAAGAAACAACCGUCAGAAACGUGUUCAAAGUAUGUAUUCGUAAAUAUAUUCAUAUUGGUAUUUUAAGGAAUCACUGCGUUUAUACAAGUUGCUCCUGCUCCUAAGCGAGUAUGUUGACCCCCAAUUUUAUUUCAAAAUUAACGUUUCUAUAGCGUAAACAACCCUUCGGUAAAGUUUGACAAAAAAAACACGGCAGGUUCUAUUUCAGAGUAAUGACCUUAAUAUGACAUUUUCGAACGAUUUUCAAUUAUUUUGGCCUGUGCAGGGGCUGCUUGAAAGGGAAAAGGGAAGUGCAUUUCUACUCGCGUGGAAUCGAAGCGCAUGGCUUCGACGUUCACAUUAGAGAGAUUAGGGACCUUUAGCAUCAGGUUUUUCGGGGGAAACGGCAAACCGCAAACCGCAAAAUGUCACGUGACCGCGUCCUUGCGGUCACGUUUGCAGUUUGCAGUUCACGUUUGAACCGCAGGAAGGGCUUCCAGCGGUAAGCUAUUUACGGCAAGGUUUUUUGCCACAAAAAAUGGUACAGCCUCGCGUUUAAAGGUAUGAACUAGCUUUUUGUAUCCGUUUGCGAUGUGUUUGUUGGAUUUUUGAUCUCGAAUCAAUGAAUUAUUGCUGAUUUUUGGGCGAUUAAAGUGAUGCACUUCGACUUGAUGAAAACAACAUGGCGGCCAUAAACAAUGAACGCGUAGUUCAAGUCAAUUUUAUAUUCCUUUCUGCCGUACUAACAAUGGAACGUAUUCUGUUCCAAUCCAGAGUUAAAUUUUUUUUUUUCUAUCUUGUUACUAAAUUCAUAACUUAACUCAGUCUCUGUCUGGUUCCUUUUUUUAACGUACCCGCAUAUCACUCCGCGAAUAUCAUUUUAUUUUGCUUAUUUCCUUUAGACUGGGGAGCUCAGGCUUCAUAAAGCCUUCUGGUUUCUUCUGGGUUCCCUUGCAACCUUACAAUUCCUAUAUGUGUUCUUGUAUUGUAUUGUAUUUUGCCUAAAUAAAAGUGAACUGAACUGAACUGAACAAAUCGAACUGAACGCCUUGCUAAAGUUUGAAAUCUCGGCAACGCGAAACUGCAAACGCGUAACUGCGGUUUGCGGUUUAAGGUUUGCGGUUUACCUGAUGCUAAAGGUCUCUAUUAAGCAUCGCGUUUACGGCAAACGGCAAACGGCAAACGCGAGAUUCAAGUUGAGAAAUUUUCAAAAUGAGAAAUGAGCAGUUAAAACAGCUUAAAACAAUUCUUAUGGAUAGAGUUGGGGUGAAUCUACCGAAUUUUGUGUACUUUUAAUGAACAGUAAACGACAAGGGGAAACUUAGUCACGUGGUAAGAGUUAACGUUUGCCGUUUGCCGUAAAUGAAGCUGGUUCACGCGUGCGCACUACGUAGUAUUGAGAAAAUCUCGUUCUCGAAGUCAUCCUCGUCUCAGAAUCUCAAGAUCUCUAAUAAUUAGGAUCAACCUUAUCUUCGUGCGCAGAUACUCCCGGUCUUAAGAACAAAGAGAAGGUGACACAGCUUCAGUCCAAAGUAAACAGCCACUUGCGUGACUACUGCGUGUCACUCUACCCACAGAAAACGAACCGGCUUGGUAAGCUGCUGCUUUGUCUGCCAACGCUUCGCUUGUUUAGCGAAAAGGCCAUGGAGAACUAUGUAGCCCUAGAAUUUUUCGGCAAGUUGGAUAUGCCUCCUUUGGUGGCGGAGCUCUUAGAGUAAGGUUAGCGUGACGGGGUGACAAUUUACUACGCGUCUUAUGCCUUCAAGAACUGAAGAUCAGAUGCUGAGACGAGAGAUUCUUGCAGUCUUGACUGGAACACAUUCGUUGCGCUCGCAACCACACUAACGGUCAUCGUUGUAAGUAUUAUAUCCGUCAAGUUUUAUAGCUCACUUUAGAAAAGAGUAAUAGCCUGGGACCCAGACUAAGCGCGCACACAUUUAUGGGAUUGUUUGGGAGGACAGUUCGAGCCGCCACCUUGAAUUAUGACGAGACAUGCAAGUUGUUGUGGGAACUUGUGCACAAAUAACUUCAGGAACUUCCCUGGUCUGGCAUUUUAUAGAAUGUCAAAGGCAAAACGUAUCUAGCGAGAAUAUGUACGUUUGCUUGGGAACGCUAAUUUGAAGUUGAACUCGGAUAGCACAUGGAUUUGCGUUCUUCUGGUUUUUCUCGAAGUAAAAUCGCCCCAGGCACAUCUUCCCUCAGCUUCAGAAUUUCAUGUUG